AUGGAAGAGGUAGUGGAGGAGGAAUUUUCUGUGUGGAAGAAGAACACGCCAUUGCUGUAUGACCUCGUCAUCUGUCACUCCCUAGAGUGGCCGUCCCUCACCGUCCACUGGCUGCCGUCGCCGCCCUCAGCCGACGGCGGGGAUCUCGCUGUCCACAAAUUGAUCUUGGGUACGCACACAUCCGAUGAUUUCCCUAACUUUCUCAUGCUCGCGGACGUCUAUCUCCCCCAAGAUCCUUCCUCCGCCAUCGUAGUCGACCCUGACAACUCCAUCGUCCCCAAGGUAGAGAUAGUCCAAAAAAUACAAGUUGAUGGAGAAGUGAAUAGAGCCCGUUGUAUGUCACAAAACCAAGCUAUAGUUGCUGCAAAGACCAAUGGCUCUGAGGUAUACAUAUUCGACUCUACCAAGCAGCUGGUGAAUUCCGAACGUGGUUCUUGCGAUCCGGACUUGAGACUGACGGGCCAUGAUAAAGAAGGGUAUGGUCUGUCCUGGAGCACAUUUAAAGAGGGAUAUCUUUUGAGUGGUUCAAAUGAUUGCAAAAUUUGUUUGUGGGAUAUUUCUGCAAUGCCUCAAGAGAAAGUGCUCGAUGCAAAAUUUACUUACGAGGGCCAUGAAAACGUAGUUGAGGAUGUGGCGUGGCAUUUGAAAAAUGAGAACUUGUUUGGAUCUGUAGGAGAUGAUUGCAAGCUAAUGAUUUGGGAUAUGCGCACAAACAAGUUCCAGCAGUCUGUUGUUGUACAUGAGAAAGAGGUGAACUAUUUGUCUUUUAAUCCGUUUAACGAGUAUGUUUUGGCUACUGCAUCCUCCGAUUCUACAGUUGGUCUGUUUGACAUGCGGAACUUGAGUUCUCCACUGCAUGCCCUUAGCAGUCAUAUGGAAGAGGUAUUCCAGGUGGAGUGGGAUCCAAACCAUGAAACUAUUCUGGCUUCUUCUGCUGAUGACAGAAGGUUGAUGGUUUGGGACCUGAACAGGGUUGGAGACGAGCAGUUAGAAGGAGAAGCAGAGGACGGUCCACCCGAGCUGCUAUUUUCUCAUGGUGGCCACAAAGCUAAGAUUUCCAAUUUUUCUUGGAACAAAAACGAGCCGUGGGUCAUCUCGAGUGUGGCUGAGGACAACACAUUGCAGGUUUGGCAGAUGGUUGAGAGCAUCUAUCGUGAUGAGGAUGACAACUAA